UCUCAAGAUAACAUUGUUUAAUCCCAGACAUAAGGAUUUGUAUCCGUUAUAUAUGCUGAUAUAAAAGCGCCUAAUCAAGAUGUAGGAUCAGUUCCUACUAGAAUUUCUUUUGAAAAAAUGAAGUGCGUCUUCCUUUGUGCCGUUGUUCUUGCAUCCAUCGCUCUUUCCUACGGAGGGGUAAAACUGCACCCUCUUUCAGAUGAAUUCAUAAACGAAAUCAACAGCAAAAAAACCACAUGGAAAGCUGGAAGAAACUUUGAUAUCCACACUCCUCUAACCAACAUCAAGAAGCUCCUUGGAGUGCUUCCUAAGAAAGAAAAUGCCCGCAAACUUGCACUGAAAGUUCAUUCCGUGAAUGUUAAAGACAUUCCAGAAUCGUUUGAUGCAAGAGAAGCCUGGCCAGAAUGCGCUUCCAUCAUUGGCGAUAUCAGAGAUCAAGCUUCUUGUGGUUCCUGCUGGGCCUUUGGUGCUGCCGAAGCCAUAAGUGACCGAAUCUGCAUCCACUCAAACGCCACCGUCAAAGUCAGUAUUUCAACUGAAGACUUGAACACUUGUUGCUACGAUUGUGGUGAUGGAUGUAAUGGAGGAUGGCCCACCGAAGCUUGGGCUUAUUGGGCACAAACCGGUAUUGUAACUGGUGGCAAAUACGACACCAAAGACGGUUGCAAAGCUUACACCGUCCCUCCUUGCGAACAUCACUCUGAAGGCGACUUGCCUGCUUGUGGAGACAUCGUCCCAACUCCCGAAUGCAAAAAACAAUGUGACACUGGAGUAGACAUCGAGUAUAAAUCUGACUUGAGAAAAGGGUCUGCAUAUCAAGUCCGAUCCGAGGAAUCUCAAAUUCAAACUGAAAUUAUGACACAUGGACCUGUUGAGGCCGAUUUUGAUGUGUAUGAAGAUUUCCUCAACUACAAGAGUGGUGUUUAUCAGCAAACCACUGGCGAUUUUGCUGGAGGACACGCUAUUAAGCUUUUAGGCUGGGGUGUGGAAGAUGGUACGCCUUAUUGGUUGGCGGCUAAUUCAUGGAAUGAAGACUGGGGCGACAAAGGCUAUUUCAAAAUUUUGAGAGGACAGAACGAAUGUGGAAUUGAGGGCGAUAUUGUCGGUGGAAUUCCAGCUUUUUAAGGUGUAGAAUGUAGCAAGAAAAAUAAAACAGAAAAAUAAAAUUUAAUUGGAA